UAUUUGCAGGUGCUGACUAACGUUAGCUGUCAAAUCAAUGUUGUUGUAGUCCAGCAAACAGCUUCCAAAGAUAUUCCUUCUACACUACCGUCGCGUUCUAUUCAGUGGUUAUGUUGCUACGUAGAAACGGAAGUAGCUAGGCAUUCGACAGGAAGUAGCUACCUAGCUAGACAGCUAGCAUCACAGAAUUUGGUUGCAUCCUCAAACACUUCACAUAAAAAUGCCGGACUUAGCGGUAGAAAAUGUGGUUGUCCAUCCACUGGUGUUGCUCAGCGUGGUGGAUCAUUUUAAUAGAAUAGGGAAAGUAGGCAACCAGAAGCGAGUAGUGGGUGUUCUCCUCGGCUCUUGGCAUAAGAAAGUCCUUGAUGUGUCCAACAGCUUUGCAGUGCCAUUUGAUGAGGAUGACAAGGAUGAUUCAGUGUGGUUCCUGGAUCAUGACUACUUGGAGAAUAUGUACAGCAUGUUCAAGAAAGUCAAUGCCAGAGAGAGGAUAGUGGGUUGGUAUCACACAGGUCCUAAACUACAUAAGAAUGACAUUGCCAUCAAUGAACUCAUCAAGCAAUACUGCACCAAUUCUGUAUUAGUGAUAAUUGAUGUAAAGCCUAAGGACCUGGGCCUGCCAACAGAAGCCUACUUUUCUGUGGAGGAAAUACAUGAUGAUGGCACUCCGACCUCCAAGACGUUUGAACAUGUGACCAGUGAGAUCGGAGCAGAGGAAGCAGAGGAGGUGGGCGUGGAGCACUUGCUCAGAGACAUCAAGGACACAACAGUGGGUACUCUGUCUCAGCGGAUCACCAACCAGGUACAUGGCCUGAAGGGACUCAACUCCAAGCUGCUGGACAUCAGGUCUUACCUGGAGAGAGUGGCUGCAGACAAGCUUCCCAUCAACCACCAAAUCGUUUACCAUUUACAGGACGUCUUCAACCUGCUUCCCGAUGUCAACCUACUGGAGUUCACUAAGGCCUUCUACCUAAAGACCAAUGACCAGAUGCUGGUGGUUUACCUGGCUUCCCUUAUCCGCUCAGUGGUGGCUCUCCACAACCUCAUCAACAACAAGAUCUCCAACCGUGACGCAGAGCGGAAGGAGGGACAGGAGAAAGAAGAGGGCAAGAAGGAGAAGAAAGAGGACAAGGAGAAGAAGGACGAGAAAGAGAAGGGUGACUCCUCAUCCAAGAAAGAUGAGAAGAAGAAAAAAUAAGUGCACACUAUUUUGGUGUGUCUUAUAAACCACCCUAUUCCCCUGGAUAGUGCACCACUUUUGGCCUGAGCUACAUAUCUGUGUAUAAGGUCUAGCUAAAAGUAGUGCUCUGUAUGGUGUCAUUUGAGACUUUGUCAUAACUGGCAUAAUAACUAUAGUGCUGAGGGUGAGAGGAUGGUUAUGUGUAUUGGAUGUUCUCUACAAUGAGAAUGAUUGUUCUGCACUGUCUGGGCUGCGUUCAGUAGGGCACAACGUUAAGGAACGCUCAGAUAGAAAUGCAUAUUGUAGAACCGACAUGCCUCUCUGAUGUGAGCAAUCACAUCCUCUCUAUUCUGUUAUUUCUAUCGGUAACGUUCAGUAAAUUCCCCCCUCCUGAAUGCGGCCCUAGUGGUGUGUCUCGUAUGUACAUACAUACAUACAGAGACACACAAUUUCCUGGGAGCCCUUAUCUUUCGUAUGGUGAAAAGGAACAUUACAUUUCUGUAUCACUCAUUAAAGUGGGGUCCUAUUAAAUCAUUUUAUGUUUCCAA